AUGUACCUGGUCACUUUCUUUGCGAACCUGCUCAUCAUCCUGGCCAUCAUCUCUGGCUCCCACCUCCACACACCUAUGUACUUCUUCCUCUCUAACCUGUCUUUUGCAGAUACCUGUUUCAUCUCCACCACUGUCCCGAAGAUGCUGGUGAACAUCCAGACAGAGAGCAAAAUCAUAACCUAUGAAAAAUGCCUCACCCAGAUGUAUUUUUUUAUGCUUUUUGGAGAAUUAGAAAAUUUCUUCUUAACUGUGAUGGCCUAUGACCGCUUUGUUGCCAUCUGUCACCCCCUGCACUACACAGUCAUCAUGAAUCCCCAGCUCUGUGGUCUCCUGCUGCUGGCAUCCUGGUUAUUAAUGUCCUUGUUUUAUGGUACAGGUAUUGGAGAACACCUUAGUUCUGCUGCUACCCAAAACUCAAGGGCAAGUGCAAUAGCAUCAGUGAUGUACAUGGUGGUCACUCCCACGCUGGACCCCUUUAUCUACAGUCUUAGAAACAAGGGCCUAAAGCAUGCCUUAAAAAACUCUUCAGCUGAGAGACAGUCUUUCUGUAAAAGGAUACUUUGUCUCAAGUUUACAAAUUGGUUCAUGAGUGACAGAGGUUAA